UUCACGCUUUUCCCUCUUUACCAACCUCCCCCUCAAGGGCCGUGACCCCCCAACAACCUCUUUCUCUCCAUUAACAAAUAAUCAAACAUUAGCCUGAACCAGAGAAUUGAUCCCGGAGCAGUCACCGUCAAGAUGAUGGCUCUUACAGUUUCGCAGAAGCCUGUCGGCGCCAGCUUCGAUCUCAUGCAGAACUGCGAUCUUCCUCCACCCUCCAAGGUUUUCAAGGGCUCAGAUAAUAAGCUCAUGCUGUCCAUGAACCGUAGGCCCUCUAACAUUUUGGUUAAACGAGAAUACACCGGCGAAUUAGUCAAUGACCAAAAUGACUGUGACGGUAACCCCGAUGUCUUGGAAAUUCUGAAGGCGCUGCGAUCAUCGCAAGCACGGGAGAGAGAAGCAGAAAAGAAAUCUGCGAGUCUGAUCAAUGAGAGGGACUGUCUUUCCAAUGCUUUGAUGAAGGAGGCGAUGCAAUUGUAUGCGUAUCAGCAGCAGGUGAGGUUGCUUGAGUUUCAAGUUUCAAGCCUCCAGCAAAAAAUGUUUCGUGGAUUUGCCACAUCCGAGGAGGAUGAAGGAUCGACCAGGGAAGACGACAACGAAGAAGAAAAGAUAAAUCUGGUAUGGAUUCUGGCUUUGGCUCUUUCUUGGGGAAUGGGAGUGGGCACCGCAAUUGCUUGUAGAUACUUUUUGUGACUUACUUAUAUGCAACGAUUUAAUUACCGAAAGAAUCAAAAGUAAAUGUGUAAAUUGUUGAAGGAAGGAAGGAAGGAAAUAUGCUUUAUUUUGAGUUGAAUAUAAUUUGUGAUAUUGAUAUUUACAGCCAGAGAGGAAUCAUAUAAAAUUUUAUUUGACUUA